AGAAAACCUCAUGGAGUGAUAUAAAACAUUAUCUCGAAUAAAGGACCCAGCCUUUUUUUUUGUUCGGUUAUAUUUUUUAUUUAUUUUUUCAAAAGAGAGCAAGACUAUGGGAAGUGUACAGUUGAAUGGUUCAGGCUUAGUCGCUUCUCUAUCUCCAAAUCAUAACUUUAGCCAUAAGACCAAACUUUGUAAUCUAAAGUCGUCCUUCUUACGCUCAAAACACAUUAAUGCCACCAGAUUGUGCCGAGCCAAAACCAUUCGGGCCACAAGCACUGCACCAGCGAGCCAGCCUUCAGUCGCAGCUGAGCCCGACGACGAACCACCCGCUGUCGAUUUUGCGUUCGUCCAUUCGGUGUUGUUACCGGACGGGACACCGGACGUGCAUUGGAGAAGAGCGUGCGGUGGACAGAAACUUAGAGACAUAAUGUUGGAUUCUAACAUCGAACUCUAUGGUCCUUACGGUAAGGCCUUGUCAAAUUGCGCAGGAGUAGGAACUUGCGCUACUUGCAUGGUCGAGAUUGUAAAUGGAAAGGAGCUUUUAAAUCCACGAACUGACAUUGAGAAGGAGAAACUCAAAAGGAAACCAAAAAACUGGAGACUCGCUUGUCAAACCCACGUGGGAAAUCCAGAUUCUACCGGAUUGGUCGUGAUACAACAAUUGCCAGAGUGGAAAGCUCAUGAAUGGAAUAUCCCUAAGAAUUUACCUGAUGAUGAUGAUCCCGAAACAUCUACGUGAAACCAUCCACUAUGGAGUAAUAUUGUUACUACUAUAUCAUAAAACUGUAACGAUCCAUUUUUAAAAAAAUGUAUGUCGAUAAUUUAACCAUAUAUACAGCAAUUUGUUCUAAUCAACACAACAAUAACAUUCAACUUUCUCCAUGGCUUGACACCUCAAUUUUUUUAAGUUUUAUAAACAUGAUACCUCAACAAAAAUAAUCAUCAAUCAAAACAUUUUAUUAAUCUCA